GAGGCGCAGGUCGGCCGUGUCCCGGCCGUUAAGUUCCUGCGCUUCUGCGGCUGUAACAGGAGCCAAGAUCAGACGGCCUCCUUCGCCCCAGCGCUGUGUGUGAACUUGGCCGCCUUCUGCCGACGGCGUUUUCGGUUUCUUGGGUUCGCGCUAUUUUAGUUCUCGAUUAUUCGGGUCCUUAAGUUCAGAUCGGGGUCAUUCGUAGGCUCUCGGCCCUCGUCUCCGUCCUCCUGCUCUGCUGGGAGCCGGCGCUUGCCGGCGAGAGCCCGCACCCCGCUCUGCUCGUGGGGGAGACAGGGCUCACAACUUGGUCUCCUCUUACAACCGUGGAAGGUGCGGUCCGCCGGGCCGCUUCCCGCCCCGUAGGGCGGAGGGACGUGACGGGGCGAUCAGGGUCUGGGGACUGGCUCCCUCGUUCCCUGAGAACAGUUGGGAGAUGCCAGAAGCACUGGCUUUGCGGUGGGACCCGAGCUCCCCCCACCCUGCUGGCUCUGAGUGCCGGGGGUGGGCGCGCUGGACGCCCGGGCCCCGCGCUGCUCCCGCGUCCCGUCGGCGUCGCGGGGCGUUCAGUCAACGUUAGCUGCUGUCGCGGACCUUGGUGGUGGUUGCAGGAGAGCAGCACGUUGUAACGGGGAGAGGAGAGGGCCUGACGGUCACGACAGCCUCCAUGUGGGAGGGCUGGAGAGGGAGGCCGUAACGAUGGUUGCAGUGUUUACAAGCCGCUGCUUCACAGAUAGCCUAACUUUUAGAAGUCGUCUUCUCUGGAGGAGAGCCUGCCUUGAAAAUGUCUCACUGAUUCCGAAUGCUAGCAGAAGGAAAAGCACCUUUCAGGAGCAAGACUGACCUCGCUAUGCCGGGCACUAAUUAACUGGGUCUGUGCACACUGCAAGUAUGACAGAAGACGACGGAGCUGCUGACUCAGCUAGGGGAAAAUUUGCAGUGGUGAGGAAAUGUACAGAGAAAGAUUCUGGCAAAGAAUUUGCAGCAAAGUUCAUGAGAAAAAGAAGAAAAGGCCAAGAUUGUCGGAUGGAAAUAAUUCAUGAGAUUGCUGUACUUGAACUAGCACAGGACAGUCCGUGGGUUAUUAAUUUACAUGAAGUCUAUGAAACUCCAUCAGAAAUGAUCUUAGUUCUGGAAUAUGCCGCUGGAGGUGAAAUCUUUGACCAGUGUGUUGCAGACAGAGAAGAAGCCUUUAAAGAAAAAGAUGUUCAGAGACUCAUGAGGCAGAUUUUAGAAGGUGUUCGCUUUUUACAUGCUCAUGAUGUAGUUCAUCUUGAUUUGAAGCCUCAGAAUAUUCUGCUGACAAGUGAAUCUCCACUGGGUGACAUUAAGAUAGUUGAUUUUGGUCUUUCAAGAAUAAUGAAGAAUAGUGAAGAGCUCCGAGAAAUUAUGGGUACUCCUGAGUAUGUGGCUCCUGAAAUUCUUAGUUAUGAUCCGAUCAGCAUGGCAACAGAUAUGUGGAGCAUUGGAGUGUUAACAUACGUCAUGCUUACAGGAAUAUCACCUUUCUUAGGUGACAAUAAACAAGAAACCUUCCUGAACAUCUCCCAGAUGAAUUUAAGUUAUUCUGAGGAAGAAUUUGAUGUUGUGUCUGAGUCAGCUGUUGACUUCAUCAAGACACUUUUAGUUAAAAAACCUGAAGACCGAGCCACCGCUGAAGAAUGCCUAAAACAUCCGUGGUUGACACAGAGUGGUAGUCAGGAUCCUUCUGUCAAGGGGAGAGGGGCAUCAGAAGAAGCAGAUUCCCUUCAAGAAGGUGAUUCUGUGCCUGAAGUUAAUUCAGAUGCUCAGAAACCAGACACUGAGGAGUCAGCUGUAACAGAGGAGCUAAUUGUGGUUGCUUCAUAUACUCUAGGACAAUGCAGACAGUCUGAAAAAGAGAAAAUGGAGCAGAAGGCCAUUUCCAAACGAUUUAAAUUUGAGGAACCUUUGCUGCAAGAAAUUCCAGGAGAAUUUAUCUACUGAGCAGAAUUUCCCUUUAGAACUUUAAGAUUUCUACUUUGAAAACAUGAAUAUUAUUUAUGGACUUCUGGCCCAAAUGGUACGUGUACUGAAAGUGGAUAAGCAGGUAUCACUGAUAUAAACUAAAAUAACUUGGUUGGACUUGUGGAGUUGGAUACAUCAAGCCAGAUUUAUAGAGUUGCCAACGAAGAGGUUUAACGGGUAAAGUUAUGUUUCAAUGUUAUUUUCAAGAAAGGAGAUGUUUGAACCUUUUAUUUCUACAUCCUGUUUCUCCAGAAUGAGAAUUUGUAUGCAACAAUAUCUGUAUUCGCUUUCUUUAAAAAUCCAAGUAAAAGUGCCAAAAUUAA